AUGAAAAUCAAGAAGCUCUCCUCCGAAAACGCCCACCUCGAGACCAAGCUCGCCAACGAAAUGAACCUGCGCCGCUUCACCGAGACCGUCCUGGACUCGCGCCAGGAGGAGCUCGAGUCGCAGGAAUCCCUCCUCAAGACCCAGCUCGCCGACGCGCAGCGCCAGCUCGCCGAAGCCCGCAGCCAGACCAAGGCCAAGUCCAAGCAGUUGCAAGACGCCAGGGACCAGAUCUUCCGCCUCCAGCCGCCGCGGAACGACAUCACCGAGGCAGAGGCGCGCGAGGCCUACAAGAGCCUGUGCGGCAACGUCCAGCGAUGGGCCGAGAAUCGCCUCAAGGGCGCCUUGGAGGAUUUGGAUCUCGGCCGCUUGAAGACGCGCCCGCCGCCUCCGCAGGCUGCGCGGUUCGUGGGUCUCAUCCGGGAACCGUCUCGGCGGUGCCUCAGCGUCGACCAAUCCGAUGAGUAUCACGUCGUGGGAGUCAUCAUGAACUACCUCUGGCUCGUGUUGUUUUCCAAGUCUUUUUAUUGCCCGCUGGACGAUUCCAACGCCGAUGGCACUGUAAGGUGGAUUGAUGAGCUCGAGAGCACAAUGUCCCGGCUACCAAGAGACGUUGCUCACUGCCGCGAAUGGAGGAGUGAAACGCUCACUGCAUUGACAAACCAACCUGCUUUCAAAACCCGGCGAGCGCGGCACCUGAAUCUAGUUACCGAUGACUUGGCAUCCCUUCUAUCAGUCUUUACUCCCAGGCUCUCUCCUACAGAGCUCCAUGCCUCUGUCCGCCACAACAUCAUCGACCCUGCAGCGGACCUUGUCCACCGGCUCCACCUUGCCUCCAACUUCUUCUCGUUAAAAUGGCCUGCUCGCACAGCGUCGUCGAGACUGGAGGUUUACGAAUGCCUCAACCUCGCGAGCGGGGGUUUGAUCCUCGACCUUGCGGGCACCAACAAAGAUUCCUCAUCGCGCGCCGAUGUUUCCUAUCUUUUUGAUGUCUGCCCCGGCCUCUUUGUCGAACGGGUCGAGGGCGGCAAGAAGCUCGCCCUCAAGGCCGUCUCAAAACCAACCGUCCUCGUCAACAAAGGCGACGGAGCACUCCCCCAGAAACCAACACUGGUCAAGUGGCUGUGCGACAGCGCAGGAUCCGGACCAAUUUCUGGAAGAGGGCCAGCGAGAACAGCAGGCCCGAAGAGUAAGCCCGGAUAUCCCGGUUACCAGUCCAAGCUCUGA